GACCAAUUCUCGCUGUUGGUGGAAAAAGUCAAAGAAACCAAAAUGAUUUGCACUAACUUUUGAUUGUAAUAUUGGAUGUUGAAUGAAGAUUGAAUUUUGACAACACACCUUGUUUUCAGCCCGCGUAUAUUAACUAGCCGCAGCUUUCGAAAGGGUUUACCGCGUUAGUUGGACAGGUUUGAGGGAAAUUAUUUAGUUAAGGACAAAGUCAUUUACUGCGUUCAAGAGUUAGCAGUCAAUUCAUUUUCUGUCAAGUAAUAAUCCAUGGCAUCAGAAAGCAAAGAUGACAGAGGAUAUGCGCCCAAAGAUAGGUAUCGAAUUGUGUAUAUUGUCCUGUUUAUGUGUGGUUUGGGUGGGCUUCUGCCUUGGAACUUCUUUAUAAAUGCUCAAAGAUAUUUUGAUUACAAAAUGAGGAACAGAUCCCUUCCUAAUGAUACGGACUACUCAGACCCUAAGCAUAUGAGUCCCUCUCAAGUGUUAUUUGGAAGUUUUAUCGCAGUUUGUUCAUUGGUACCGUUUGCACUUAUGUCGGUCGCUAACCUGUUUUUGAUGAAAUGGUUUAAUGCAAGGCUUCGGUUCAUUGUUGGGAGUGUAGUAGUAUUUCUUGUGUUUCUCAUUACCGUAAUUAUUGUCCCUAUAGACGUUAGUGCCAAUGCAUUUUUGGGAAUAACAUUAUUUUCGGUUGUGUUGCUUAAUUGUGGUAGUGCUCUUGUUCAAAGUAGUGUAUUCAGUACUGCUGCAGUUCUUCCUUCCGAAAGCAUGAAAGCUGUAUUAGAAGGGCAGGCUGUUUCAGGAGUUCUCGCAUCUGUGGCCAGUAUCAUAUCUAUUGCAGCGGCUUCUACACCUACCGCAAGUGGAAUGGCUUACUUCUUAAUCGCCUUGAUCUUUAUUGCCAUUUCAACUGUGUUAUUUUUAAUGCUUCCUAGAAAUGGCUACUUCAGAUAUUAUUGGAAAGGAAGGGCUUCAGCUAACCCUAAUGAAGGUGAAUCGUCAAUACAAAGACACCAUACUGAUCAUAAUCAUCAUCAUAGUGAAUCUUUAGAACCAAUUGUCGAUAGGCAACCAGUCGGUGUUUUGGCAUCAAUGAGAGAAACAAUUCUGCCUGGAUUCUGUGUUCUACUUACAUUGCUAGUCACUUUAUCAGUCUUUCCAGCAGUUGCUGCAAGGAUUAGACCGAUGAAUGUUAUUCCUGGAGAUAAAUGGACAAAUAUUUACUUUGUACCAGUACUGGUAUUCUUGUCGUAUAAUAUUUGUGAUUGGUGUGGAAGAACUACAGGCGGUCUCCUCAAAUGGCCUAGGAGAAAUCAAAUGCGAUUAGUUUUGGCACUGUGUAUUCUACGUUUCGUUCUUAUUCCAUUCUGUAUGUUUUGUAACGCUCAACCAAGAGAGCGCUUACCAGUUCUAUUCAAACAUGAUGUAUUUCCAGCACUGCUGGUGAUUAUUUUAGGCCUGACUAACGGUUACCUUAUGACUAUUUCAAUGAUGCAUGGACCAACUUUUGCAUCUCCUGGAAAUCAUGAAUCUGCUGGUGCAGCGCUGUGCAUAUAUCUUGCUCUUGGAUUGUCCUCCGGUGUGGCUUUAUCAGUUGGAUUUGUUAAAGCUGUAUAAUUCUCUAUUUCAUGUAUGUGUAUAGAGUAUGCUUAUACACACUCACACACGCAUAAACACACAUCAAAGAAAGAUAUUCAUUCUAAUGCGACAGCUUUUUUGUUCGUUUCUUCGUUUUUUUCGUCUGUUUGUUUGUUCAUAAAACUAAUUUCUGAAAAAAAUUUCUUUUUCGUGUGUGUGUUUAUUAUCCCUGGAAUAAUUAUAGUGUUACCUAAACAAACACGGGGGUGAUAAACGC